UGAAUGGUGAAAGGUUGGCGCGGAGCUGGUGGAAGUAUGCUACAAGAAAUUUUUAAAUCGCUGUUUACAAGAAAAUUUGAAAUUGCUAAUUAACUGAAAAUGUCAUUAUACACGGGCAUUAGCAUGGGUGUCAGAUCCUGAAGUCCUCUUUAUAGUGUUUGGCUCAUCUUACAGAUUUAUAUCCGCCUGUGGUCGUUAGCUCACCACCAGAGAUAUAGUAGCUGACUAAAAUGGAUUUAACAGAUGAACAUUAUGGAGAUCUUGUUGACAAGCCGUUUGGUACUCUGCAUCACAAUGAGGACUCGGUGGAUAUUUACUCUGGCCUGGAAAACAGCCCUAAGAUUGAUGAGCACAGAGGUAAAGUCAACCCUCUCCUUUCCCCACGCACAAUGGAAUCAAUGGAUAUAUAUGAGGACAUUAUCAGGGAAGAACAAGAAGAAAAGGAGGCAACUUAUAAUGAGUUAAAACAAAAAUUUGAUGAAGCACAAAAGCAAGUUAAGGAACUGAUCUCACAGUUACAGCUACUGCAGACAAAGAAUACGAGUUUGAACCGUGAAAACAUACUCCUGAAGAAGAACAUUUGUUCGGUCAUCAAGACGGCUAAAAUGGAGAUUGUGCGCAAGGAUGAGGAAAUUAGCAGACUCAGCAAUAGGUCUGGUCGAGGAAGUUAUUUUCGUCGAUCUCAAAUGGAAAGUGGUCUGGCAAACACAAGGCACAGUUUAAACAAUCCUACAAGUUCUGUUUUGGAAUCACAAGGUGCUAGACAAGAUAAUGUUAUGAGUGAAGUAAAUCAGCACAAAGGUAGAAACUCUGUGUCGGAUCCCUGUGCAUAUCCACCAACAACGUCAACUACAGCAACACAACCAUUUGAGGUGCUCCAGAGAUGCCCUAGAACUGAUCUUGAUAGUCCUCUGCAGUGUCAGAAUAAAUGUGCUGCUAAAUCUGACAGUAAGACCCUCACUGUUCAACCACAGCAGGAGUCCAGACCAGUUCAUCCUAACAGAACAUCCACAGUGUUAGAUGUCUCAAAUGCUCCCAAAACAAGUGACUCUACACUGAAAGUUCCUGAUACAACUACUGAUUCUCAAUUCAGUACCUUGAAAGACAAUAAGAACAGUUCAUCAAAACAGGCAGACAAGCUGGAAAAAACACAAAAAUGCACAAGCCGGGACAAAGAGUGUAACUCGAAGGAUAAGAAUGUGUCACAAAAGGCUCAGAGAAGAGUGGGCAGCAAAUUAGGAAGAACUGAAAAAGAGCUCAUAAAAGACAAUUUUGUGUCCAGUGAAAACAGGAAUCAACAGCCUGAGGUUCCAGUCGUUCUUAAAUGUUCAGAACAAUCGAAAAGCCCUUCCUCGCAGUCACAUAAAGCCUCACAAUCUGUCUCUUCCCAGUUAUCCAAAAAUUCAUUUAAGACAACAGCAGAUGUUGAGACACAGAGUCAAGGGCACAUGCAUCAUCAAAAUCCAGACAGAACUAGCAAAGAAACAAAACACUCUGGCUUGAGCAGCACAACUUGUACUGUGGUGGAUGAAGAAAGCCAUUCCCAAAACCACAAAGGGAAGAAAAGAGUUGCAAGUAGCCAUGAAAGGAAAGAGGAGAAAAGUUCCAGUGCAGAAAGGAGGAGCAGCAGAACUGAAAGAAGCAGAGACCACGAGCAAAAGAGGCCGAAGGAGAGUGACAGGAGUAAAAGAGAUGAGGGUAACAGCAGCAGUAGUAGUAAAGAAAGAAGAAGCAACAGAUCAGACCUUAGCAAAGAGUAUGAGCGAAGGAAUAUAUGGGAAACGGAUAAUAAAUCUGAAGAUAAAAGAUCUAAGAAACAAGUUGAUGCUUGUGGGCAAGAUUUUACUUCUCCCAAAUGGGUUUCUCAACGAAAAGAUGCUUAUAAGGAGAAAUCAUCAAGCAAAAUCAAUGAACCAUCAACAAAAAGCAAAAGGUCUCACAGCCAUGACAAAGCUAGAAAGAUGGAGGAUCUGAAAUGCCCGGUCAAAAAUGGAAAUUCUGAUAAGAGUUGUUUUGGAGACAAGGGUAUAUACAAGGACAGAGAAAGAAAAAGAGGUGGACAUUUGGAUCAUAGGGUACAUAAGCACAGAGAAUCAAAAAAUUAUCUUACCAAAGAUGACAGAAAGAAAUCUCCUAAAAAGCACAAUGUUGUCGGAAAAGGUCAAGAUAGUAAGAAUGAGCAGGACAAACACCUUGAAUCUGAGUCUUCAUCAGUGGUAGCUGUCAGCAGCAGUCCCUGCAGAACAGCUGAGGAUAAUAGUCCAGACAGAAAACUGAGUUUCAUGGAAACACUGAAUCUUACCCUAUCGCCUGUUAAAAAGCAAAAGCAGUCUUCUGAUCCAAAAGAAGCCAGUGGAGCAACAUCUGAAGAUGCCUCGCCUCAUAACAGCAGAUUAUCUGAUGCUGGGGAGGAAUUCUUUGUCAUUGAUGAACUAAAGAACAGCCAGAACAGAGUUGAGGAAGUGGAUGAGGUCCCUGUGCCCACAACUGCAGGUAAAAAAGAUGACCUGACCAGUUCUUGCAAAGAGUCUGGACAAGUUGUUGAUCUUUCCACCGCUAUAGUCUCGGAGAAGCCCUCAGGUGAACAAACAGAUAUGGGUGUACAAGAAGAGAAUGCCACGGAAAGUCAAGAGGCUGUGAACAAAGUGCCAGCCAGUGUUAAAUGCUCCGAGGAGAAAAAGAACAAGAUUUCAGAUUCCAUUGUGUUAGACAAAGAUUCAUUAUCAAAAUUAACCCUUACAAGAGAAUCUCCAAAUCAUGUCUGUCAUAACACCACCAAAGACUCUCCGGGAAUCAUAGAUAAUUCUGUUGUCUCUAAUAUUUUGCCUACUAAAACUUCAGAAGUGGUAGUUUCAGAUAAUAUUCCUGAUUCAAUUGUUGAAGGUUAUCAGCAACAAGAUCCUAUUAUUGCUGUAUCUGAGGACACUUCUCCGAUGAAAAUCCAAAGGAGUCCUCAGACCAAGUCUCAGGAUUUACCACCAGCAUCAAAUGGGAUAUGUCAAGAUAAUGUGUCGUCCUCAGACAAGGCACAAAGUAUUCCUGAGAUUAAUUCUUCUAUGAUUUCUGAUAGUUCUGUCAACAUGGAAGUGUCCUCUAGCACAGUUAGUGCAGAUCUUGAUGAGCCAAGAAAAGUUAUUUGUGAUUUUGAACAAGUGGAUACUUCAAAACUGGACCAUAAGGGAGCUGGGGAAGCAACUGAUCAUUUAAAAAUGAUUGAAACACCGCACUCAUCUGAAAAUCUGAAAAUGUCUGAAAAAUCCCAUCAGAGUCCAUCAUGGGGUGAGAACAAUGUGGCUCCAAAUGAUAGCACCACUGUCAGAGAUGAGACCAUGUCAUCUUCGCAGCCUGGUUUCUCAGAGCCAGAUUCCACAGAGAAAGAGGAACAGAACAUAAAGUCAUCAAACCCUGUUGUGUUUUGCCCUGAUGAAGACUCCAUGAUGCUUACUCUUAGGAACAUCAGAGUUAUGCCAGAGCCUCUCAGCCCUCUUACAAGCCCAGUCCGUCAGGUGAAGAAAGUACAGCCUCCGCGUGCUGAGAAGCAACCACAUGUCAAAUGUCUUAACACAGAUCUCUCAACUGUAACCACUGGAUGCAAUAAGGAUAAAGUAAAAAUGGACAUGAACAAGGAGAAUAAGUCACCUGACUCUUCUGUCACCGCUUCCUCCUACAAAGGGACAAAAGAUGCCCUCUCGGCUAGUGGAACUGAGGAAGAUGAACUAGAGGAUGGUGAGAUAGUGAGUGAGAGUGAGGAAGAGGGACCUCUGUUUAUCCAGACUCCUCCAAGAGAAAAGGACAAAUCAACCUCCGGGACUGAUUCAAGUCCAAAGCUAUCUUCAGUUGGGAAAAGAGUGUCCCAAAAGAAACUUUGCAUCCCUGCUAAAUAUUCAGAGCGAAGCAAGAGCUCUGAGUCGUCUUCUAAUGACAGUCCCACCUCAAGUAAAAGACGCUUUAAAACUGUCAGCCCACCAUUGAAAGCAGCAGUCUAUACCAUAGAUGGAUUUAUGGGCAUGUUAGGAUCAAUUCGAGCAGAGUUGAGGAAAAAGUACAUGAAGCUUCAGAAAAAUGUCUCUAAAACUGCCUUCUGCUGUAUAGUGGAUAUGUCUCAGGCUUCUUUUAUAGAAUUCAUUAAUGCUGUUGAUUUGGAUAAAUUGUGCUGCCAAGGUAAUGACAUCAAAGUUAGACUUAAUAAAAUUAUUUCAUCUAUCAUGAGCAAGGUCACCAAGAAUGGCAUCGUCAAUCGUAUCUUUGAGCAGAGAGCUGGAGACCUCAAGCAGAAGUUGUGGACAUUUGUGGAUGGGCAGUUUGACUUCUUGUUCAAGGAACUGAAGACAGCACUCAAAAGUGGACGUGAGCCUUCCAAGGAUGCGUCAUUGGAUAAUAAAAAUGCAACUCCUAAAAGAAAAGAGAUAGAAAGUGAGGUGGUGGAAAAAGAACCUUUUAACACAUCUGGGCAUCUUCACAGAACCAAGAUGUCAAAAGUUGACACGGGAAGUUUUGUCAGAGAGGCCCCUCCAAAUAAUCUCCCUCGCAGGGGCCUUGGGAGCAGGGGUAAAAACAUAAAAGCUGUCAUGAAUGAAGAUGAUCAGCCGGCAAAUUUGGCAAGUGCAACAUCUCAUCAGCUUCCUCCUUUAUCCUCUGAAAGGCCUGUCCACGAAGGUACCUCUGGAUCUGAGACUAGAAUCUCUUCCUAUGUCCGACGUCUCUCACAUAAUGGAUCGAUUCAGGAUAAGUCAGACUUUGAAAUACUUACAGAGCAGCAAACAACAAGCUUAACCUUCAACCUGGUCUCUGACUCUCAAAUGGGAGAGAUAUUCAAGUGUCUUUUGCAAGGGUCUGAUUUGCUUGAUUCCAGUGUUCCCAUAGGCGACAAUACAAGUUGGCCACUCAGCACACCUCGAAAAGAAGGACUUCCAGGGGAGAGUUUGAUUGGGAUUAUGACCCCUAAUAAGACAACCCCAUCUAAGUUCCUCACAUCCUGGCCUUCCAUUUCCCCCUACAAGUUUGCUUCAAAUAGCAAAAUGCUGGUAGACCCAGCAAUUCUUGAUGAGAGCUGCUUGUUAGAAGUUCCCUCUAAUUCUGAACCAUGCCAGCUUUCUCUUCAUUCAACUGUAAUCCCGCAGAAAUCAUACUCUAUCUUGGCGGAAGAUCUAGCUGUGUCCCUUACCAUUCCCUCACCACUAAAGUCAGAUAGUCACUUGAGUUUCUUGCACCCUGGAACUGGACCGCCACUGUGUGCCCCAAACAGUGGCCUGAGUGCCCAUUAUAGUGAAGAUGCUCUUCUUGACGGAGAAGAUGCCACUGAGCAGGACAUACACCUUUCUCUGGACACCGACAACUCCAGUUGUGGGUCGAGUCCCAGCAGGACAUGGGAGGGCUCUGAUCCACCCUGUUUCCAAUUCCAACCCAAUUUACAAAUGCAGGCUGUGGUAAUGGAGAGGUCAAAUGAUCAUUUCAUUGUGCGAAUAAGACGGACAUCAUCUGGCCCAAUUGAAAGCAAUCAAAAUGAAGGGAAAGCAGCACCCGAAUUAGCUGAAUGCCCAGAGACGAUUCUUAAGCCUAAUCUCACUCUGACCCAUCAAGACUUGGGUUCCGCACCUGGAGAGAUGUCGAACAAAAUCCCAACUAAGGUAAACGAGUCAUGUCACAUUUCAGAUAAAGCAAUAGAAGCUCAACCAUCAAGCCAAAAAUCCUCAUCUGGAGGUGUUUGUGAUGACAACUCAUCCCGCAACAAUGCUGAGCCUGAUUCCAAAGCAUGUGCUAUUGAGGAAAGUAGUACAACAGAGACUGAAACAUUAGAGGUGGUUUCAGGAAAAGUAAAGAACGCCACACAGAGCUCAAGCGCACCCGAGUCUGAAUCUGAGAGGGUGUCAAGGAAACGCAAGGAGCACAGAUCAGCGACAAAGGCAAAGCGCCAAAAAGUAGAGAAAUCUCAAGAUAAACAUUCUAAGUCCAGGCAUAAGAAAAGGUCAAAAUCCUCCAAAGAAAAAGACUCCAAAAUUGUAGUACCCCAGGUGUCCCCUAGCAACCUGUCUGCUAAGAAUGUAAUCAGGAAGAAAGGGGAGGUAGUGGUGACGUGGACCAGGGAUGAAGAUCGGGACGUACUUGUUGAGCUUAAAAUGAAAGGCACUUCACCCAAGACGUUUGCUGCUCUUUCAAAAAGGCUAAAGAAGUCAACAGAGCAGAUUGAGGAGCGAUUCUCUCAACUGAUGAAGCUGUUCAAGAAGAAAGAGAAAAUGCAGAAUUGAUUGAAUGACAAAAAGAUUGAACUGACUUUAUAAUGGAUGCUGAUGCACUUAUCAAAAUCUCCAUAGACUCCAUAGGCAGAAAUAUAAUACGCUGAAUCUGAAAAUCAGUGUAUUAUUUCUGUUGAUGUUCAUCUGUUUGAAAAAAGCACUUACAGUUUGCCAAAAUAUCUGCAGUAAAUGGUAUAAUCCGUUUUAGAGGCUUUUUUUUAGCUAACAUUCAGUGUUAUCAGAUUACCAAAAUUUAUAGUCAGAGCAGACACCAAUUGGGCUACAUUUUUAUUACCUAGAGAUAUAUUUGCAAUGUGGUAUGCUCUGAAAUUGACCUUAAUCCUUGUCAAGGACCUAAUCAGACACAACAAAGUAGAGAAAUUACGGUUCAUAGUAUUUUCAGUACAUAAAGCCCUGUGCGAUGCCAUACAAUUUACUUGUUUUGGCAAGUUGGGUGAUUGCAAAAAGUAGUACAGUUACUGUUUUGUUGAUGCUGACAAUUUUUUAUGACAAAGUUUUAGUGAUGCUGACAUCACUAACUUGUAUUACAAGUUGACUUUUGCAGCAUUUGCAAUGCCUUUGAAACCUACCUCUGACCUCAUGUUUUGAUCACUUAAUUUUCCCCUCCUUUUGUUUUGUGUAUGAGGUUGGUGUUGGAAUAGCAUGGCUCUAAAUGUGGAAAUGGAAAGAAUAUUUGCUUGUUUAUUUGUUUUGGUCCUCAAUUGUCAGACUUUGAGUUUAAAAUCUUUUUCAUUAGUCAUCCUGAUAGAUGCAGCUUGAUAUUUUCAUAUUAAGAGUAACAUGUUUUUGUUGUUUUCUAGGUAAUGAGUAAGGAAAUUGUUCCCUUGUGUAUAUAUUUGUAAAGUUUAAUUGAACUGAAAGAUUUUUAUGUUUGAACUCUUUUUAAACAAUUUUAUUUUUCUCAAAGAGAGAAACCUAG